UUUGUUUAUCAUAACUUUUUUUUGUAAGGCAUAAUGGAAGUGGUGCACGACCAUGUUGAGGAGGAGGAGGUGGUGACUGUGGAGGAGAAGCUGUUGCCGCGGCGACGAGGGCCGGACUUUGCUGAUCCCAUAGAUGAUGGUUAUGACGAGAGCAGUGAUGACACAGUGAACAGUGGAUCCGAGGUGCUUCAAAAUGUCGUAUCAGAUGAGAAUAGUGUCUAUUUUGACGACAAAAAAGGAAUAUGGAAAUGUCACGAUUGCAUUUGGACAUACAAAAUUGGACAAUCUUGGGUUUAUCAUUUGCAUCAGAAACCAUUCAAUCAGGGAGGACUAAUAGAUUUCUUGAUCAUACAACUCCAACAUUCGGAAAUCGACAGCCACCAUGAGGAGAUCUCGAAAAUCGUGCACAGCGUCAUCAACCGCCAACACAUAGUGAAUUUCAACGCCGAAAUCGUAACCGUUCCGGCCAGAGAGAGCGUGAUAGUCGAAGAAAGCGACGACGAAGAAGUGAUCGAAUUGGAAUUCGAAAGGGCAGUGGACAAAGUCCACACACACACUCCAUAUUGUCCUAAUUGUAGUAACCAAAUUACUAAAGUAAUUCUACGAAGAAAGAAAAAGGCAAGCCCUCGUCCAGACAAGCCACUUGACCUAUUGGGAUGCUUGAGUUGCUUCAGCAUUUUCAUACCUUCAGGGGAUUGUUUGAAUCCUUUUAGGUUGUUUAAAUCCAAACCAAAAUUGGAGAGUCACAAUAUAGAAGAAGGGCAACCACCAAUUUCUGUAGGGGGUACAACUGCUGAUGCGGGAGAGUCCAAACAAAGCCUAAAAAGCCCAUCAAUUGCCGUUGGGAGUACACCUACUAAUGCAGCAGGAACAGGGUAUCGUUUGAAUCCAUUUUAUUACUUUGGAUACAAUUCCAAACCAAAAUUACAAAGCCCCAAAAUUGAAUUUGAGCAGCCAUCAAAUGAUAUCGAUGGUAGUACAACUACUAAUGCACCAGGGAUUUUAGGAGAAGCAAAACCAGAGCAUAAUCCACGUGAUGUGUCGAUUGAUAUUAAAGAUGGACCAGAACUGGUAGGAGGAAGACCUGCUCUACAACAACCAUUAAUUUUUGAAGCGGUUGGAGGUCCGCCUCCUUUACAAAAACCAUUAAUUUUUGAAGCAGUUGGAGGUCGGCCUCCUUUACAACAACCAUUAAUUUCAGAAGCGGUUGGAGGUCGGCCUCCUUUACAACAACCAUUAAUUCCAGAAAUGGUUGGAGGACGGCCUGCUUUACAACAACCAUUAAUUUAUGGCGAUCGGCGCUCUAGAUCGCUUGAGUUUUGGAAAUGCAUCGUGUAUGGAGGCCUACUCGAGUCAAUCGCAAGUCUAAGCAUAGUCUCUUCUACAGCUGCUUCAGACGCCACUACACUGAACGUCGUGGUCAUUGGAUUGGCAACCCUACUUAGCGGCCUCAUGGCAUUUGGUUGCAACCUUGUGGAGGCACUUUCUUUUUCACUCGACGUUUGCCAUUCUUUCCUACAUCAUUUUUGGGCUCGUGGCCCCGUUACCUACGGGUUCGCCUUCCAUGAUAGCGACGACAAGGACUACAAGAUGCUCGCAGUAGCUGCUGCUGGUUUUGGUUGCAUCUUCGUCCUCGCAAUUGCCAAAGCUUAUGUGAAAGGGGUAGACAGAUUUGGAGGCUAUGUUAAGACAAUAAUGUACUACGUUACUAUGGCAGUUAGUGCAUCUGGUGUCGCAUAUGCUGCAGGAGAUUUGAUUGGAAAGCUUUUGGAUGAUCUUGGUUGGUUUCAACCGGCUCAAGUUGUUGCUUCUCAAGUUUCUUCUUUGGCCGCGUACUGAUCAACAGGGUCGGACGCAGAAAAAAUUUAAGUGGGGCUUAUGUUUUUAAUUUUUUGAGUUUGAGAUUUCAAGAAGAGAAUUUGCUUACUUUUUCUUGUGAUGAUUGUCGAUUGAA